GCGAGGCGGACGGAAGGCGGAAGCGGAGGCUUGCCCGAGAGGGAGUGAGGGGGCAGUCAGAUGGAGGAAGAGGAGUGGCGGCGGAACCCCCCUUUUUGUUGCUAGGUAACAGGAGCAGGAUGGCUACAAGAUGGCUAUAACUUAACCUUCAUCGAAGCCCCAGUAAUUCCGGAGCACGAAAACACCAUGGAACACCUCAGGCCUGGGACUGGAGCUUGGGGUAAUCCCCAGCUAGAGUUUCCUGAUUUGGGCAAGACUCUUCUGAGCCCUUGCAGCCCUUGUGAUGCAGGAUGCAGGAAGCAAAAUGUUCACUCCAAAAAAGUAUUGCUGUUGCAAAGCAUCUCCUGGCUAAGAAGAGCGCUUGAGUCUUCGGAGGGCUGAGGUUUUAAGUCAGGAGAAAGGUGCGAUGGAGACAAAAAUGCUUUGGAAUGGCAGUUGCGAUCGCGAGAAUGGCAGCUUGCACUUUACUGACUAUAAAAGUCCCAGUAAUGAAACUGGCUCCUGUAACUGUCCGAGAGAGAUGUCGGAUCUCUCUGCAGCUUAUUCGGAGGAAGGGAAUGACUUAUGUGGCUUCAGUUGUCAGCACUGGCAUUCAGGAUUCAAGGAGAAGGACCCGUCUACGCUGCUGUUAGGCCAAGAAGCAGAGGUUGAAGAUGGCCUGGCUACAAAAAUCAAGGAAGAAAUCCCUGAUUGCACUCGGGCUCCUGGUGGAAGGAAAAUUGCCCGGCAACAAAGACAACGCUCUGCUCCUAAAGACAAAGGAGAUGGUCACUUUCUACCCUCUGGGGGGAAACACAGACAGACUAGGAAGAGGAGUGAUGGUGGGCAUCAUCACGUCCAAGCUGAGUUGCUGAAGCACCUGGAAAGUCUGGCCUCGUUCUGCGUUUCCUGUUUCAGACUGUUCAUCGGUGUAAUUGUACAGGUCACCCUCCGGUGUGGUGAGGGGGUGGAAGCUGGUGGGAAGAUGCUGUACUCUUGCUGCUGCUUCAGCCUGCAUGAUUUAAACACCAUUCAAACUGAAAUGCAGGCUUGGAUCCAGCGUGGAAGGAUAGGGUGUCGAAAAUUGACCCGACAACUAGCCUCAUGGUUGUCGCUAACUUACCGCCUGCUUAAGAUGCUGUGUGCUAUUCUCUUUCUGGUGCUUAUGCUUCUCCUGGGCAGUAUACGACUCUGCUGGAAGGUUUCCAAAUCAGUCCUACUCAAUAUUCUGAGUAGAAUGACUCAUACUAGCUACGGAGCCUGGCUUCUUGCAUCUAUUGAUUUUCCUCAAAUUGGGGUCCUCGUCAGAGAAUGCAGGAUUUGCAAAUGGAUGGCAAGUCUGCUGCUUAAGUGGCAUGCUGUCCUUUGGAUGCCCAAAGGAUUAAGGACCACCCAGUCAGGGAGCACUGCUCAGAAUGACUCCCCUGGUGGAUCUGGACCAUUCCAGCCUAGCGAAGAGGUGGCACGUUUGCUAGCUAUGGCCCAAACCCCUGAAGAAGAGCUCAAUCCUUUUCAGGUAUUGGGCUUAGAUGCAACAGCUUCCGAUGUUGAAUUGAAGAGAGCCUAUCGGCACUUGGCAGUACUGGUUCACCCAGACAAGAAUGAGCACCCUCAGGCAGAGGAGGCAUUCAAGGUACUGCGAGCAGCCUGGGAUAUUGUCAGCAAUCCAGAGAAGAGGAAAGAAUAUGAAAUAAAGCGCAUGGCAGAGACAGAGCUGACGAAGUCCAUGAAUGAUUUCCUUUCCAAGCUUCAGGAUGAUCUGAAGGAAGUCAUGAACACAAUGAAGUGUAACAAGUGCCAAGGGAAGCACAAGAGAUUUGAGAUGGAUCGUGACCCAUUGGAAGGCCGAUACUGUGCAGAAUGUAGUAAAUUUCAUGCAGCUGAGGAAGGUGACUUCUGGGCAGAAUCCAGCAUGCUGGGAUUGAAGAUCACAUACUUUGCCAUGAUGGAUGGGAAGGUUUAUGACAUCACAGAAUGGGCUGGCUGCCAGCGAGUAGGAAUCUCUCCAGAUACGCAUCGAGUUCCUUAUCACAUCUCUUUUGGAUCAAGAGGCUCUGGAGGACGUCAGAGAGCUGCUUCAGACAGUAGCCCGGCUUCUGCUGCAGAACUCCAGGACUUCUUCAACCGUAUCUUCCAAGGGAAUCCCGGGCAGAUGCCAAACGGGAACUUUUUUGGCACCCCCCAAGCCCCAGCCCCUGGGAAUGCGUCGACGCCUCCUGCCUCUUCUUCAAAAGUCGACAGUAGCUUCCAGAAGGGCGAUUCGAAGCAGAAACGGCGGAAAAAAGUGCGACGCCCCUUUCAGCGCUAA